AUGGCUGACAACGACAGCCUCCAACCAUGGACGCUAGCCACUGUCGUUUCUGUCACCGUCCUGGCCUUUGUGACUGUUGCUCUGCGGCUGCUCGCCCGGUAUGAACGGAAACAAAAGCUCUGGUGGGACGACUGGAUGAUUCUUUGGUCGAUGGUAUACACCCCCCUUGGAAACGUUGGCUGGAACCUGAUCGUCGUCGCCUUUAUCUUUCUUAUGUACCAUAACGGCAUGGGCCUCCAUGCAGAUACAAUGCCUCCUGGGAAAGUCGUUCUCGUGGCCAAGUAUCUGGUCGUCGCAGAGGUCCUGUACGUCUACAAUCUGGUCUGGACUAAAAUGAGCAUUCUGCUCUUCUACUACCGCAUCUUUCGUUUUCCUUACUUCAAACGCUGGGCGUACAUUAUCAGCACGUUCAUUGUCCUCUGGGUCAUCUGCAUUACUUUCUUAUUCAUCUUCAUCUGCGUCCCCGUCGAGAAACUCUGGUACCCGCAGCUGCCCGGCCGCUGCAUCAACCAGGUGGCCACCUGGAUCGCCAAUGCAAUCUCUACCAUUGUCACUGAUCUCGCCAUCCUCAUGCUCCCGAUCCCCCAAAUUUGGAGUCUGCAGCUUCGCUCGUCCGAGAAGAUGGCAUUGACCUUCGCUUUCGGUCUUGGGUUCUUCGUAGUCUUUGCGUCCGCCUAUCGUUUCAGCGUCCUUUUCUCCUACGAUCCCCUUGACUCCACCUAUACCCUCGCGCCGACAGUGGGAUGGACUGCGAUCGAGAUGUCCGCAGGCAUCGUCUCAGCCUGCCUACCCACCCUACGCCCGGCGUUCCAUUUCUUUUUCCGGAUUCUAGGACUUCAAUCGAUCAUGCCCUCCCUGCUCCGCACCGGCCAAUCGCAAACAACAACCACCAAUAUCGUAGGCAAUGAUGUCAGUCUGGGCACAUCGAAGACAGCGCAGACCAGUGCCGGGCGAGCGAACAGACGCUCCUUCUACCAUCUUCCUGAUGAGGACGAUUCGUUGGAGUCAGAACACGGUAGUCCGCCCUUCCGCCCAGAGUAUGAUAGUGCUCACACGAAAAUUGUAGUUCAAGGGAAAGGCCAGGAAGGCGACUUGACCGGAGAUGAGGUGCCAUUGCAAGGAAUCAGGGUUCAGCGAGAAUUUACUCAGCGCGACUCUUGA